AUGUGCCACUGUGACUGGCUGUGGCUGCUUUGGUUCCUCCCUGUCCAUGGGUCUGUCUGGGGGUUGGCUGCUGACAAUGGAAAAAGGUCCUGCUGGCUGAUGGGCAAGUCUGUCUCGGGCAGUGUCUAUCAGGCAGGAGAUGUGGUGAUUGGGGGCUUGUUCCCCAUCCAUGAUGGAGCCCCUCUGCCAGAGCAGGACUUCAGAAGUAUUGAAGAAAAUGCUACCUGUACAAUUUUCAACCAGCGUUCUUACCGCUGGCUACAGACUAUGAUAUUUGCAGUGCAGGAGAUAAACCGUGACCCAGCCCUCCUGCCUAACCUCACCCUGGGGUACCUGGCUGCUGACACAUGCCUGGCAGAGGGUACCACUCUGGGGGCAGCCCUAGCCAUGGUGACCGGCCAGGAGCUCUCCGUGGGGGGCACAGAGUGUGGCAUAACCCCUGAGGUGACCGUCAUCAUUGGGGAUCCCCGGUCCUCAUCCUCCAUUGUGGUGGCACAGACCCUUGGGCCAUUUCAUUUUCCCAUGGUGAGUUACCUUGCUACCUGUGUGUGUUUGAGUGACACCAGGAGGUUCCCCUCUUUCUUCCGUACGGUACCGAGCGAUGCCCACCAGACUCGAGGCAUGGCCAUGCUCCUUCGCCGGCUGGGCUGGGUGUGGGUGGGGCUGGUGUCUGGGGAUGAUGAUUAUGGCAAGUUUGGGGUUCAGCUGCUCCUCCAGGAGCUUCAGGGAUCUGGGGUCUGUGUCGCUUACUCAGAGGUUAUCCCCAAGGUACAAAAUCAGAAAAAGCUCAGGCAAAUUGUAGACACCAUAAGAACAUCCACUGCGAAAGUAGUGGUGACAUUCACUAUACAAACUGAUGCACAGGCACUGCUGGAAGAGGUUGUCCGUCAGAAAGUGACAGAUAAGCAGUGGAUCGCCACAGAGGCCUGGAUCACCUACACCGGUCUUGCUGCCCCCAAAAACCUUCCCUCUCUUGCAGGGACUAUCGGAUUUGCAUUGCGGAAGGCUGACAUUCCUGGCCUGGGGCCUUUCCUGACACGCCUUCGUCCCGAUGGAGAAGACCAGAAGUCUGACCCCUUCCUGAGAGAAUUCUGGGAGGAUAUGUUUGGGUGUUCUCUGGGGCUUGACCUUAAAGUGAACCCCUCGUCCAGGCGACAGUGCUCUGGCUCAGAGGUCAUAGGAAUAGGGAAGAGCUUGUAUGCUGAUGUGUCUCAACUGAGAGUCACCUAUAAUGUGUACAAGGCUGUAUACGCCAUCGCCUACGCCAUACAGGACAUGGUUGCCUGUCAACCAGGGGAGGGACCCUUCAAUGGGGGAAAGUGCCCUGAUAUCAGGAAGCUUCAGCCAAGCCAGAUUGUCCAUUAUCUAAGGACAGUGAAGGCCACAACUCCUGUGAAGGAAUCUUUCCACUUUGACCAGAAUGGUGACCCACCUGCCUCUUAUGACAUUAUUAACUGGCAUGUCACCCCUGAGGGGACGACAGAACUUGUGCACGUUGGUUAUUUUCUGUCUUCUCAGGAAUCGAACAGCAAGUUUCACAUCGACAUGGAGAAAGUGGUUUGGGGUUGUGGCAGCGGAGAUAAGGUCCCUGUUUCAUUGUGUAGUGCUCCCUGCCCCCCUGGUACCAGGCAGGCUGUACAGAAGGGAAAGCCUGUUUGCUGUUUUGACUGUCUGCCAUGUGCUGAGGGAGAGAUCAGUACAGCAACAGGGUCAUUUGAGUGUAGCAAGUGUCCUGAGCAGUUCUGGUCUAAUCCUAAUCGGACGGAAUGUGUCCCCCAGCUGGUGGACUUUCUCUCGUACAGUGACACCAUGGGAAUGGUUCUGUCUGUUAUCUCAGUAUCUGGGGCAAUGCUCACAGCCGGGGCCCUGGCCACAUUCCUCUACUACCGCCACACGGCCCUGGUGAAGGCUAACAAUUCUGAGCUCAGCUUCCUGCUCCUUCUGUCACUGAAGCUCUGCUUCCUGUGCGCGCUGGUUUUCAUUGGCCGGCCGAAGCCAUGGACCUGCAUACUGAGGCACACCCUCUUUGGCAUAAGCUUUGUGUUCUGUAUCUCCUGCCUCCUAAGCAGGACUUUGGUGGUCCUGGUGGCUUUCAGGGCCACUUUGCCUGGGAAAAACCUCAUGAGAUACUUCAGCCCUACCCAACAGAGGAUCGGCAUCUCCCUCUGCACACUCAUUCAGGUGCUAAUCUGUGCGCUGUGGCUAGCUCUAUCUCCACCACGGCCUGCUAAGAAGGUGGGCAGAGAGGGUCGGGGGCCGAUGGUGGUCCUGGAGUGUGCAGUGGGCUCUAUGGCCUGCUUUUCUCUGGUGCUGGGCUACAUCGGCCUGCUGGCCUCGCUCUGUCUGCUUUUAGCCUUCUUGGCCAGGAAACUUCCGAACAACUUCAACGAGGCCAAGUUCAUCACCUUCAGCAUGCUCAUCUUCUGCGCAGUGUGGGUGGCCUUUGUCCCAGCCUAUGUCAGCUCUCCUGGGAAGUACACAGUUGCCGUAGAGAUUUUUGCCAUUCUGGCUUCCAGCUUUGGGCUGCUGUUUUGUUUGUUUGCUCCAAAGUGUUACAUUAUCCUCCUGAAACCUGACAAAAACACCAAGAAAUACCUGAUGGCCAAAUAG